CAAACCAUUUAAAAUCAUGUAAAGUCUGCAUAAUCUUUAAUUGAUGUAUAUUGCAAAGUUGCUUGAAAAUAUGUUUACUUUUCAAAAAGCUUAAGUUAUGUUUUGUGGAGUUCCUCUUCAACAAAACACUGCUCUAUGCAAGCAUGAUCAUACUCCUAAUGUGCCCCAGUUGUGACCACACUAUUCAUGAUCCAUCUAAAUUCCACCACUUAACUGCAAGCUUCACUACUUUGCUGACCAUCCAAAUGUACCACAGGCACCUGACUGUAGCACUUCCUGUGACCCUGAUGGCAGCGGCCCCUGAUGGAGUAUGACAGUCAGCAUAUGCAGAAUGAUAUUCACCUUAAAAGCAGACGCACCCAUGCUUGCAGAGCGGUUCUCCCAGCGCUACUGUCCUCUAAGCUUCCUGUCCGCUAUUUGUCAGAGACUCUCAAGGAGGGAAAUUUAUUGUUAACUGACCGCUGUAUAAAGAGACUACGUGAUGUCACAAGUGGGUCUGAGUUCCUGCGUUUGCAGGUAGAGAGUGGUGGCUGCUCUGGAUUCCAGUACAAAUUCACUUUUGAUACAGAGAUCACUGCAGAAGACAGGGUGUUUGGAGACAAUGGUGCCCGUGUGGUUGUGGAUGAACACAGCCUUCAGCUGGUAACUGGAAGCACAGUGGAGUAUUCUGAAGAGCUGAUCAGAAGUUCCUUCCAACUCAUUAAAAACCCACAGGCUGCUCAGGGUUGUUCUUGCGGAGCCUCCUUUUCCAUCAAGCUGUGACACUGAAUGUCCUGAGAGAGCUAUGCUGCACAGAGACUCUUACAAUACAUAUUAUUAGGACUGCUGCUACAAUUUGAUACCCAGGGCAGGAACAAAUCAGACUCAACUAAAGGGAAGGCACUGUUGACCAUUAUGUAUAUAUACCAAGAAAAAAAAUGUUCUACAGAUUGUGUUGGUAAGCACGGACGGCAUGGUGUGAGAGGCACUGGAAGAUAACAUUAUGUUUGUCCCUUUUUCUGCCACAGAAGAAAGUAUUUAUGUGUGUAUAUAUAAAUAAAAUUACGAAUCAUC